AUGGUGGAAGGUCAGGCCGCGGGACGGGGACGGAAGGCGUCUCUGAGGGCCGCCACGGCCAGGAGACUGGAUGCAGACCGUUUAGAGAUCAGGCUCCCUGAUUGCUACGUUCUCAGGCUCGUCGCCCGGUCGCUGCUGGCUCUUAUCUUCGUCUCCUUCCUCAUGCUCAACAUAAGCCCGCGAUCGGUCUACUCCACUGCUACAGCCAUGGCCGUCGCCACCAACGGGGUUUUAUCGCGACAAGUCGACGACGCCUUCUUCCUUCCAACGCUCUUCCGCGAUCUGAAACGCCGGGGCCUUUUCCACCCCGGGGAUCGGGCCAUGUUUCUCAGCCACCACGCCGGAUCUAGGCUCACACGCAUGGUACGGCAGAACAGGAUGGAGCUCGUCACUGGUUGCUUGGGCGGCGGCGCCGCCCGCGGAUGCCAGGGAAUAAUCCCCGACGGCACGCUGGACUUCGUCUUCUCCGGAAACGGCUUCCCCGACGCAGAACUCGUCGACCGCGCGCUGAAGGUUGGGGGAGUCGCCGUCGUCCGCCUGGGCUCGAAACAGGCCGUGCCCUACCGAAUGGCCUCCAAUUACAGGAUCGUCUACAUCAGGACGUUCGAUUCCACGUUGGUUGCCAUGAAGAAACUGGUCGAUAAGAGCCAGCCAACGGCGGUUCCCAGGCGGCGGCGGCUCCUUGCGUUGCCGGAGGCGAGGAAGGAAGCCCUGAACAUGCUGGAAGACGUCCUGCUCGAGCCUCCCCAGCAUUCCCUCUCCGGGAGAAAAUCUUUGGAAUCGUACCUCAAGAGGCUGAGAUUCCUCCCAGACCUCACCGGCGACGACCUCCACAGCUACCCAAGGCGGAUCUUCAUCGAGGUCGUCACCAAAUCGAGCACCACCGGCGGCAGCGGCGGCGACCGCAGCGCAGCCAGGUGGUUCUCCCAUCACUACCCCACCAGGAAACUCCCCUUCGAGAUCCUCCGGCUGGAGCUUGAGGAAGAAACGCCGUCGGCGAGCGAGGAGCUCUCGGAGUGGCUGAGGAGCAACCUCAGAGAGGAGGAGUACGUCGUCAUGAAGGCCGAGGCCGGCGCCGUGGAGGCGAUGAUCAGGAGCGGUGCCACCAGCCUGGUCGACGAGCUCUUCCUCGAGUGCGACGACGGUUGGGGAAACACCGGCCGUCUCCGGCGGCCCUACUGGGAGUACCUCUCUCUCUACGGCAAGCUCCGCGACGCCGGCGUCGCCGUCCACCAAUGGUGGUGGAGCUGA